AUGGACGAGAAAAUAUGCAAUAAGUGGUAUGGGAUUCAGGGAGGGGGAACGGUUUUUUCUUUUUCAAAAUUAGUAGUCAUCGUGUACUACUGGACUCCACUCGAUAGUGGAGCGAGUAGAUAUCUAUCUAGAUGUGGCCUAGCAAAUUGGCUCCGUUGGCUUAGCCUAGAUAUUUCAUUUUACAAUGAUCUCUUCUUUCUAACCGUUUUUAUUGAUUCUGAACAUGGUGUUUGUUGGAAAGAAAAGUAUCGAAUAUAUGAUUAUAUCCUUGGUCUUCAGUCCUGUUCUGUCGAGAUGAGCGAUGAACAUAGUACUCCAGUGGAAACAAAAGAAAAAUCAAAUGCUGAUGAGCCAUCCACAGCAAAAAUCAUCGCAUCUGUUCAGGCCAUUGCUGUAGAGACUGGAACAAGAAGUUCAGACACUGUCGAUGUGUUGGCCCGUGAGGCAGAAGAUCUCCGAAGAAAGCUGGAAGCGGAACGAAGAAAACUGAACGAUGUGUCGAUUGAGCAAGCAGCUGAAAGUCUGGAACCACUAACACAGCUAAAUAUUAAACAACGUCGUAUAUUGAAAGGACAUGCUGGGAAAGUGCUCUGCAUGGAUUGGUCCUUAGAUAAACGACAUAUUGUUUCUUCUUCACAGGAUGGGAAAGUAAUCGUUUGGGAUGGUUUUACAACGAAUAAGGAACAUGCUUUAACUAUGCCAACAACAUGGGUGAUGGCUUGUGCUUACUCCCCUAGUGCGCAAAUGAUUGCUUGCGGUGGUUUGGAUAAUAAAUGUUCAGUGGUACCGCUGAGCUUUGAAGAUGAUAUCCUACAAAAGAAACGAUCGGUUGCAACACACACAAGCUAUAUGUCAUGCUGUACUUUCCUAAGAUCUGACAAUUUGCUUCUGACUGGUAGCGGUGAUUCAACAUGUGCAAUAUGGGAUGUGGAGAGUGGUCAGAUGAUUCAAAAUUUUCAUGGCCACAUUGGUGAUAUUUUUGCAAUUGAUGUGCCUAAAAGCGACACUGGCAAUAUUUUUAUUUCCGGGGGAGCAGAUAAGCAUGCAUUAGUUUGGGAUAUAAGAACUGGACAGUGUGUACAGAGUUUCGAAGGACAUGAAGCAGACAUCAAUACAGUUAGAUUUCAUCCAAAUAAUGAUGCUUUUGCUACCGGUUCGGAUGAUGCUUCAUGCCGAUUGUUUGAUUUACGCGCUGAUCGACAAGUGUGUGUUUAUGAAAAAGAAUCCGUCUUGUUUCCAGUGAACGGUGUCGACUUUAGUUUAAGCGGCCGUAUACUUUUUGCCGGUUAUGGUGAUUAUCGUGUUGGUGUAUGGGAUUCACUAAAAUGUGUGCGUCAUUCAGUCCUAUACGGUCAUGAAAAUAGGAUUUCAUGUCUACGAACAAGUCCAGACGGGACUGCAAUAUGUACUGCCAGCUGGGACUGUACCAUUCGUGUGAGUAUUUUCUCCUAA